GCUUACGCGCGGUGACGUCACCACUGGUACCAAAGCAGUUGCAGCGUGUGAAUAUGGCGAACAUCAGAAGUGUCAAGGGUAUGGUAGGUCUGGUGACAGGAGGGGCCUCUGGUUUGGGCAGAGCCACUGUGGAGCGGCUCAUCAGUCAGGGGGCCAGCGCUGUGAUCCUGGACCUGCCCAGCUCAGAUGGACACAAGGUGGCCGCUGCUCUCGGGGACCGAUGUGCAUUUGCACCUACUGAUGUCACGUCGGAGUCAGAUGUGGGAUCGGCUGUGGAUUUGGCCAAGGAGAAGUAUGGCAAAGUGGACUUGGCUGUGAACUGUGCUGGGAUAGCUGUGGCUGUGAAAACAUACAACUUUAAAAAGGACCUUCCUCACAGUCUGGAGGACUUCACUCGUGUUAUCACUGUGAACAUCGCUGGGACUUUUAAUGUGAUCAGACUGGCUGUAGGGGAGAUGGGAAAGAAUGAGCCUGAUGCAGAUGGACACAGAGGCUGUAUCAUCAACACAGCCAGUGUUGCUGCUUAUGAUGGACAGGUGGGUCAGGCUGCAUACUCUGCCUCUAAAGGUGGGAUUGUGGGUAUGACACUUCCUAUUGCUCGGGACCUUGCACCAAUGGGGAUCCGUGUGGUCACCAUCGCCCCAGGCCUGUUCUCCACCCCACUUCUAGCAGGAUUACCUGAGAAAGUGCAAAGCUUCCUGGCCAGACAGGUGCCCUUCCCUUCACGUCUGGGAGAUCCAGCUGAGUUUGCACACCUUGUGACUGCAAUAGCAGAAAACCCCAUGAUCAACGGCGAGGUGAUUCGCUUGGAUGGAGCCAUCCGCAUGCAACCCUGAAGGAAAAAAAGGAGCAGAGUGGAGAGACUCUAACUGAAAUACCUAAAACUGGUCUGUGACUGAAGACUUGAUACAUAUUAAGCAUUUUCAGCAUAGAGUCAGGAUACUUAGUAUCUGAGUGGAAGUGCUACCACUCGCAUGAGUGUUUUUUUUAACCACUGGAAAUCUUGUAGAUUUUUCAAGUCUUGAGUCUGGUAUUUCUAUACUGACUGCACUUCUGUGCCACUGAGGUACUGUCCUCUAAUGACUAAUGACUGAUGUGUCUCCAUAGUAAAUGCAUUUAUACCGUCAUAAGGUUGUACAGGAGUCAUGCAGGAGUCAUGUCUCUGUAUCCACUUAUCUUUUUGUGUAAAAUAAAAUAUGUAAAGCAUAACAGGAUGCCUUUUAAUGAAUGCUGUUGUAGAUAAGCUCAUGGAUCACGGCAGUGAACUAAAUAUAACUCCAGGAAAGAUGGUCGAUAUGAAAUGUGUUGGAUUUGCCACCAUACUGACUUAUAUGACUGUUGUAUCACUAUUAUAUCAGUGGUUAUUAACCAGGGUGCCGGGACCCACUAGGGGGCCUCAGCAUGACUUAAAAUUAUUCAAAUUAAAAUAUU